AUGAGGUCCACCGUAUCAUCAUCGUCCCUCCUUCCAUCUCACUUCCUUCACAGACCUCACAAGACCGCUCUUCUGCCGCUCCCCCGCCGGGAUUUACUCGCUGAACGGAAUGGAACGUUCCCGAAGACCUCGCCGCGUAAUCCGCUCGCGGUUUCAUCGCCGGUGAAUCGAAUUGUUAUUGCCGCCGCCGCCGUCACCCCUGCCUCGCCGCAAAUCGAAGAAGAUGCUUCGUCUGCCUCGGUUCCUUCGGGCGCCGACGUGGUGAGGAGAUUCUACGACGGAAUCAACCGCCGGGAUCUGGAUUCCGUCGAGGGGCUCAUCGCCGAGAAGUGCGUGUACGAGGACCUUAUCUUCCCCAAUCCCUUCGUUGGCCGUAAGGCGAUCAUGGAGUUCUUCAACAAGUUCGUCGACUCGAUCAGCGGGGAUCUCCAAUUCGCCAUUGACGAUAUCUCGGCUGAUGAUUCCUUAGCCGUUGGAGUCACCUGGCAUCUGGAAUGGAAGGGGAAGCCUUUCCCAUUCAGUAAAGGUUGCAGCUUUUACCGUCUGGAGGUUAACAAUGGCCAGCGACAGAUAAUUUACGCGAGGGAUAGCGUGGAGCCUGCUCUGAAGCCCGGAGAGGCAGCAUUGGGGAGUGACUUGGUUGCUGCAGCAGUUUCCGCAGCUGGCAGAUCGGCUUCCACAAUGACUCUCUCCAAAGACGAAUCAUCGUUUGAAGAGUUGGAACUUGGAAGUGAGGGCAAAAAAACCCGCGCUCUCUCUCUCGAGUCUCGAGGAAGAAAAUGUCGUCGGCGAUUCACGAUUUCAAACCCUGCGGUCGAGGCGGAAUCUCCGCGACUCCCUCCGGAAGGAUUAUUACUCGUAAUCGAUGGGUUUACGCUUCUCAAAUUUCGUCGCCGGCUGCUCAGGGGAAAAUGGGAGUACGACGUCUUUGUGUGUUUCAGAGGCUCCGACACCCGCAAUGGUUUUACAAGCCACCUGAUGGAUGCUCUCUCCGACAAGCAAAUCAAAGCCUUUAUAGAUGAUAAGCUCCAAAAAGCAGAGUGCAUCGACGAGCUAAUUUCCAUCCUUCACAGAUCAGCACUCUCGAUCGUGAUUUUCUCGGAGAACUUUGCAGAUUCCACCUGGUGCCUGGAAGAGGUGGUCGCCAUAGCCCAAAGGGUGGAAGAAUUCGGGCAUCGGGUGCUUCCGGUUUUCUACAAAGUGGAUCCCUCAGAUAUAACAGAGGAUUCGGGAAGUUAUGCUGCUGCGGUUGAGCAGAAACAUGGAGCAACCAGCAGUCCUGAGGAUAGGAAGAGAUGGAAGAAUGGUUUGAAAGCUGUGGCUAACUGUGCUGGCCAUACCUCGCAAGCAAUCAAGAUUGAUUCUGAAUUAGUGAAGGCAAUAGUGAAAGAUGUUCUAGAAAUACUCACAGACAUGUCACCGAGGGUGAAGUCUGAUAUCUUGAUUGGCAUGGAUGCACGUGUUUCUGAGUGGGAUGGGUUCCCUUCAAAGUCUCUACCAUCAAGAUUUUCUCCAGAAAACCUGGUCUCACUUACUAUACGUCAUAGCACAAUGAUGCAAAGAUGCUGGGAAGUUCAGCCAAAGCUUGGAAGUGUAGUGCGGCUGGAUCUCUCCCACUGCAUCAAUUUAACUGAAGCCCCAGAUUUGUCCAGGUCUCCGAGUCUGGUGUACCUCGUACUCAAAGGAUGCAGAAGCCUAAUUGAACUACCAUCUCAUGUCCAAGAUUUGGAGAAGCUGACAACACUCGACGUCAGUGGUUGUACAAUUCUGAGGCGUCUUCCGGCCAAACUCAACUCAAAGUUCCUCAAGUAUGUUUACUUGUCCAACUGUCCCAAGAUCACUCGCUGUCCGGAGAUCAAUUCAAGAGAGUUGAAAAUGUUGGAUUUAAGGGAGACAGCCGUUAAAUCCUGGCCGGUUGCGAUUUACCAAGUCAAGAAGGGUGGCACCCUGCGUCUCUGUGGCAAACACAUCCUCAGCUUCCCUGCUAUUUCAGCAAACUUGAAAGAGUUUCGGUUGUGCCAUACCACGAUAAGAGAGAUGGACUGUUACGAUGAUGAUCAUCCUCAGGGUUCUUUGCCAAGAUUUGUUCGACUCGAGUUGGUUGACAACCCCCAACUCAAGAGCUUGUCAAGGAAUAUCUGGAAGAUGGUAUCUCAAUCACUCAUUCUUCACUAUUGCCCGUCGAUUGACAGUUUGCCAGAAAUGUCACAUCCUGUUACUGGCUUGACUCAUCUUAGUAUAAAAGGAUGCCGAAAACUGAAGAGCUUUCCAACUGGCAUCAACAAUAUGAAGUCUUUGCGGACCUUCUGUUUCUGUAAUACGGAUAUUAAAACCCUACCCGCUUGUGUCGAGGAACUUGACCAGCUCUCAUCUUUAGAUUUGUCUUCUAACUAUAGCCUUGAGUCCGUCCCCUGCAACAUCCAUAAACUUGCCAAGCUGUCCUCCUUGCUCUUGACAGGCUGUCGGAGGAUUCAGUCUUUGCCGGAACUCCCACUGAAUCUUCUAAUUUUGGAUGUGAGCGGCUGCAAAUCAUUACAAGCCUUACCAAGCAAUGUAGGCAGGCUAAGAUGGAAGCGCCUCUACUUUGAAGAUUGCCCGCAAUUGGACACGAGUCUGCCUAAAGAAGUGGUCCAUAAUUUCCAUCAUCAUGCAGUGUCGAAUCUACAUCCUCAGGGUGUUCUUCAAUAUUCGGGAAGUGAGAUUCCAGAAUGGUUUCCUUGCAAAAGCAUGAAUCAGAAGAAUGAUUCAUGCGUGAUGGUGCAAUUGCCCCCUUCAAACUGCACUAUUAAGGGACCAGUUAAAGGGAUUGCAUUUGGUGUUGUGUGUUCUUCGAACAUUCGGAACACUUGGAUGAGAUUUCAUUGCAAGUGCAACAUCGACACCACUGUUGCUGCCCGUUGGAUUUCUCGUGGUUUUGGAAAGCGCUGGGGAUUGGUUUCUGCUAAGCAAAACAAGAUACUUGCUGUGCAGUUUCUAUGCGUAGGAUGUAAAUCGGCAGAAGAAUCUUGGUGCACUGAGAAGGUAGUCGAGGCUGGUGUACCAUUGGGUACUUUUGUAAUCUUCCAUUGCCCUAAAACCCUUCGCCCCGCCUCUGAAAUCUGGACCGCAAACAGCUGCCGCAUUGUUCUCUUGAUUGCUACAAACUACUCCGCGCCGCCGCCGCCGCCGCCGUGCACGAUCCCUUGCCCGGGGCAAGAAAAUGUCGUCGGCGAUUUCCAGUUUCACACCCUGCGGUCGAGGCAGAAUCUCGACGUCUCCCGCCGGGAGGAGUCCUGGUCUGGAUUGGCGAGCUUACGCAUCUCCAAUUUCUUUGCCGGCGGCUCAGGUAAGCUUAAUGAAGCAUUCAGAAUUUCCAGAUUGGGAAUCUGUAGUUCAAGCCGAAUGGCGAAAGAUCGAGCUGUGAGAAUGGCAUUGGUGGAUGAGCCGAGGCUCGCUCGGGGGACUAGAAUGGCUGAGCAGCCGCCUGGAGUUUUGGCGUAUGAACUUGUCCAAGGACCACUUGUAGAAUGGAGCUCAUCGAGGGACAAAUCAGUAGCUGAUCCACCCACAGCUGUGCUUCUUCAUGGGAUUCUGGGUAGCCGGAAGAAUUGGGGUAGUUUUGCUAAACGCCUUGCUCAAGAGUAUCCAAUGUGGCAGUUUCUUUUGGUAGACUUGCGAUGCCAUGGUGAUUCUGCAUCAGUCAAGAGGAGGGGAGUGCAUUCUGUUGCAUCAACUGCAUCAGAUGUCUUAAAGCUGGUAGCACAUCUUAGAAUAACACCCCGUGUUUUAAUCGGCCAUAGCUUUGGAGGAAAAGUUGUUCUAAGCAUGGUUGACCAGGCUGCCAAGCCUCUUGCAAGACCUAUCAGAGUAUGGGUUCUAGACGCCACUCCUGGAAAAGUCCGAGCAGGGGGAGAUGGAGAAGACCAUCCUGCUGAACUUAUAUCUUUCUUGAGGAGACUGCCAGAAGAGGUAGGCCAUCAUAGUCAUUUUCUGCUUUGUAUCUCUCUUGCGCUUCUGUUGUCACAACUAACCAUAUUUUUAAAUCUUACUGCAAGUAAGGUCACAUCUAAAAGAGAAGUUAUAAGUGCUCUUCUCAGAGAGGGAUUUUCUAAAGACGUCGCACAGUGGGUGGUAACUAAUCUUAGACCAAGCGGACCUCCUUCCUCCCCGUCUUCAAAAUUCUCAUGGAUAUUCGAUCUGGAAGGGAUAUCAGAAAUGUACCACUCCUACGAAGAAACUAAUUUAUGGAAAUUCGUGGAGAACGUGCCUCGAGGAGUGCACCUAAACUUCUUGAAAGCAGAGAGGAGUUUGCACAGAUGGGCCUUGGAAGAUCUCCAGAGAAUUCAUGCCGCUGAAGACAUAGCUUCGGAGGAAGGCAGUGGAGUCGAAAUGCACGUCCUAGAGGAUGCAGGCCACUGGGUACAUACUGAUAAUCCAGAUGGUCUCUUCAGGAUUCUUUCACCUUCGUUCCAGGGAUUCAAAUCCUCAUGACAAGCUCUUUGCUCCGCUCAGAUUUUGCCCGAAACAUACCAGUAACGUGUACAGUAUCAGUUAGAUACGUACGAUUUCGCUAGUGAACUCAAAGUUUAGUGGCAAUUAGACUCCAUAUCUAUUGAACUCGUUUCGACUCUAUAUAUAAAAAAAAUAUUUUUAUUUAUGUGUAAUAUUUGUGCUCAAAAGCAAAGAUCUUUUGUCUCCUGACGUACAAAAUUUGUUGUGCUCUCCCCAUACCUCUUCCAACCAAAAAUUGAAAAAGAACCCCCAAAGCUUCCUUCCUCUGUUCAUAUCAUAUAUCCUUCUAUAUGACCUCAACAGCAGGAACAGCAGACGAAUGCUGAAUCGUCGAAUUCAGCUUCUUGCUGACCAGAGCAUCCUCCAGCUGCUGAGAGAUCGUCUUCUGGGAAGAACUCGACCAUUUCAUCUGCAUGAAGCUCCUCUUCCUCCAUGGCCCCAUGUGGAUCUUCUGCUCCUUCAUUGAUGUCUUGGCCGCCUCACAGAGGAUGCGUACGAUGGCAUUCAGGUAGUCUGCUUUCCCGAUGUAGUACUCCGGCAACAGGGACACCAUCCGUCGGUACUCCCCACAGGGCUUCGCGAUCUCGAACUGAGCCUUGAACUCCAGCUCCACCACGUAGGGUAUCCUCUUCUUCCUCGCACUCGUGCUCGCCAUAAGCUCCACGUACUCGUGUUUGCCUGGCCACGUGUAAGUAAGUGGUUAAGAUCUAUAUAUAGACCUUGCAUAACAGCUCGAGUUAUUGAGCCCAUUUGGUUCGUGAAUGAAUGUCAAAGAGAAAACUUAGGUUCGGAUGCGAGAAAAAGGUACCUCCGGGAAACUUCUUGGUGUUCUUCCACUGUGAUGUGCAGAGAGUGGCAUUGAAACCUCUUUCGAGAAGCAUGUCGACUACCUUGUUCCGCAAGCAACUGGUGCAGCCUUCUUGGGUGCUCUUUGUCGUCUUGGUAGUGAUGUUCAUGCAGCUGCAGAAGUCGGUCUUCUUUGCUAACCCUAUUAUCCGCCCAACUUCUUGCCUCAGCUUCAGACUUGCUGAGCUAUGGCGUUCCAAAACCUCCUGAAGCAAGGCCUCCUGGGAUUCCCAAAACAUGACUCUGUCGAUGGCCUCAUCGUCAUCCUCCUCCGGCGACCGAUCAUCAUCGCCGGCGGCGGCGGCAUCCCAAUCUCCGGCCCCACCACAACAGGCAGCAACAGCUUGAGAGAGGGACAAACUUUUGCAACCACCACCACCACCGCCAUCAUUCUCAUCGUUGUAAUAAUGAUUGUAAUAAUCGUUCUGGAAAUCAUUAAUAUCCAGAUUAGCUCUAUCAUUAUGUUGUUGAUGAUGACGAUGAUCAAGAGGCUUCAGGAUUCCUUCUUCCUCCACUGCAGGCUUCAUUAGCUUAAUCUGAAGACGACCCAUUUCUUCUUUCUUCUUCUUCUUCUUCUUCCAAUCCUCUCUACCGGCGAAGAAAAAAAAAAUGAAGGGAAAGAGAGAAAGGAAGAAGAAAGCUUUGUUGGGUUUUUUUUUUCUAAUGAAUUUUUGAGGGGUUUAUUUCUCUUUUUUUUUGUUGGAUUAUUGUUUUCUGUUUAUGAAAGGCCCUGUAUUUCUCUCUUCCAAAAUUUU